AUGUUGAAUCAAUCAAACAGUUAUUGUGGGUUUGACUCUUGGGGGCCGUGGAAAAAUUAUGAUUCCAUAAAUUGUUUCCAAGAAACUUUGAUUAACGUGGGAAUACCAUUAGUGUACACUAUCGGUUCAGUAUGUGUUCUUCUAACAACUUAUAUCAAAUAUAAACGGAAAAAAAGUCUGUUUUAUGAACCUUUGAUUUCCGGACAAAUCAGUUCAUCUUAUGGAGCGAUUAGUUCAGUAGACUCAAAUAUUGAUGAUGUAGAAGAAAUUGAUGAUAAUCCGGAAUUUAUAACUUUAAAUGAACAGAGAAAUAAAAUUUUUGACUUUGGUCGAUUAUUUUUUGGAGCGGUGAUGUUUGCAUUAUUUUGUUCCGUUGGUAUCAUGCGGUGGAGUGAAUAUAAUGAAAAUAAAUGUGAAUUUUAUUGGAUAAUUUUUUCAAUUGUUGAAGAAUUAAUAUGGAUAUAUGCCACAUUGUUAGCCUUUAUCAACCUCACAUCUCAGCAGCGUAAUAUAUUUCAUUUACGCGGACAUUUAGACAUUCUAUAUUUUAUCACAUUUGUUGCUUCAAUCUACAAUAUUUGCUCAUUUUAUUUGCAAUUUAACAAAUAUUUCAUCACAUAUUAUUCAUUUGGACUUUUGGUUUUGAUCAUUUCUUUUAUUUUGGUUAUGAUUACUAUAAUGGAACCAGAAGAUGACCCCGAAGGAAUAUUGUCAAAACCUAAUUCAGAGGGUCGAUUUCCAUCACCUGAAGUGAAAUGUUCUUUAUAUGAACACUUCACGUUUUCAUGGUUAAUUCCUUUAAUGGCUAAAGGGUUCCGAAAAACUUUAGAUGAAAAUGAUAUAUAUGAGUUGCCGGAUUAUUCUAGAGCAUCAAAUGUUUUGAAAGGUUUUCAUAGAAAAGGGUCUCUUGUUAGAUCUUUAUUUUAUACUUUUAGAAAAGAGCUUUUUGUUCAGUUCUGUUAUUCUGUGAUUUGGUCUAUUACUCUCAUAUUUGCACCUCCUUAUUUUCUACGUAAAAUUUUACUCUAUGUACAAAAUUAUCCCAAUAACGGUGACGAGACCCAAGUUAGUGCCUAUUUUUAUGUAAUAGGAUUAUUUUUAGGCACUAUAGUGCCAAGUUUAUGCUUUCAACAAGCUUUAUAUAUUGGUCGAAAAUUAGGAAUUAAAACUCAAGCGAUUAUAAUAGGUGAAAUUUACUUAAAAUCUCUUUCUAGAAAGGAUACAACAGGGGUAACAGAUGAUGAAGAUACAAAGAAUAAAACUGGGAAUAUUACAAAUUUAAUGGCUGUCGAUGCAACGAAAAUAUCAGACAUUAUAGCUUAUAUUUUCUAUUUAUAUUGUUUCCCUUUGCAAAUUAUAUUAUGUAUAACAUUAUUAUACUUGUUGCUUGGAUUCAGUGCUAUUGUGGGCGUAUUCACCAUUAUUGUGACUUAUCCACUUCCUGCUUUAAUAAAUCAACGCAUUUCAACUAUUCAAAAGCGCCUUAUGGCAGCAACAGAUAAACGUAUUGGUGCAAUGAACGAGUUACUUCAAGCGAUUAGAAUAAUCAAGUUUUUCGCUUGGGAGGAUCAGUUCCAAAAAAAAAUUAUAGAUGCACGUGAAAAUGAGCUUAAAGAAAUUAAAUCUCGUUUGAUACAAUGGAUUUAUAUUGCAAAUAUUUGGUCGUGUUUGCCACUUGUUAUUAUGUUCGCUGUUUUUAUGACUUACACAAAAUUGCUCGGUAAUGAAUUAUCGGCAACAAUAGCUUUUACAGCUCUUACCCUAUUUAAUAUGCUUCGUCAUGCACUCGAUGAAGGACCUUCAACGAUUAUUUCCAUUAUUCAAGCUCAAAUUUCCAUUGUGCGUAUCGAAAAAUUUCUGAAAGAGCCUGAAAUUACACGUCAGGAUAGUCGACCAUCAAGUAGUAACGAUCCUGAAAUUGGAUUCAGAAAUGCUUCAUUUCAGUGGCCUAAUGGUGCUUCUUCAACUGAUGACCUUAAUAAUAAUAUCGAUAUUACAAUUAAAAAUCCUCUUAACAAGUUCACUUUGUUCGAUUUAAAUAUAACAUUUCCUGUUGGUAAACUUUCAAUAAUUUGCGGACCUACUGGGAGUGGGAAAACAAGUUUAUUGAUGGCUUUAUUGGGAGAACUGGAUUGCUUAAGUGGUCGCGUAUUUUUGCCUAGGAAAAAAACUUCGCCCAAGAAUUUGGGAGGUGCUCCUAGCGGAAUAGCGUAUGUGGCACAAACAGCAUGGCUUCAAAACGCUUCGAUUAGAGAAAACAUUUUAUUUGGCCUUUCUUUCGAUGAAGAUCGUUAUAAAAACGUAUUGAAUAUGUGCGCGUUAAAUAAGGAUUUGGAAAUAUUUGAAUUUGGAGAUAUAACUGAAAUAGGAGAAAAAGGAAUUACUCUAUCAGGCGGUCAAAAACAGCGUAUCGCGUUAGCUAGAGCUGUUUAUUCUCAAGCAAAAAUUAUCAUAAUGGAUGAUUGUUUAUCAGCCGUUGAUGCUCACACAGCAAAACAUUUAUAUGAAAAAUGUUUAAUGGGAGAACUUAUGAAGGAUCGAACGCUCAUUCUAGUCACGCAUCAUGUAGGGCUUUGUCUUCGUGGUGCACAUAAAGUAAUUGUCAUGAAAGAUGGUCGCGUGGUUGGUCAAGGGACUCCAAGUGAAGUUUUAUCUCGAGGAAUAGUAGAAAUUACUGAAGAACAAAAUGAGACAAAUAAGAAAAGUGUAGCCGAAGAACCAGAUUUAUCUUCUUUAAAUCUUCAGAAAUUAUCUAGUAAAGGUGACGGCAAAUUAAUUGCUGAAGAAGAAAAGGCCGAGGGGAUUGUUGACUGGAGUGUAUAUAAGAUUUAUUUUAUAGCUUCAGGUGGAUUCUUAUUUUGGAUAUUCUUGAUAUUUAUGUUUAUAAUUACACAAUCAAUACAAGUUGGUGAAGAUUGGUGGAUUAGGGAAUGGACUAAUGCUUAUUCUUUAGCUCACGAUCAAAUGUAUAAUGUUUCAUCAACAUUAUCAUCUUUCUUUUGGCCUUCUACUUUUCCUAGCCAAGACGUUUAUAGUUCUCUAUCUACUUUUUCACUACCACAACUUAUUAAAGCUUUCUUCGGUUUUUUUUCUAUGCCUUCAGCUGAUCAUAUGUCUUCACAAGCUAUAAGUUCAGAACAUAACAAAAAUCAAGUUGAUGUAAAUUAUUAUCUUGGUGUAUAUAUUCUUCUAGGUUUCUUAAUUGCAUUGUUUGGGUCAAUAAGAUCGUAUUACAUGUCUAUGGGUUCAUUGGUUGCUUCAAGAAAAUUACAUGAAGCAAUCUUGGAAAAGGUUAUGAAAGCAAAAAUAAGAUUUUUUGAUACAACUCCUAUUGGACGCAUAUUGAACCGAUUUUCAAAAGAUAUGGAAGUUAUUGAUCUGAAUUUGUCUCCUAUGGCAAUGUUCCUCAUUUAUUCCUGUUUCGCAACUGUAUCAGUCAUAUUUGCUAUUUCUAUUGUAAUGCCUCGAUUUAUGAUAGCUGGUACUUUCAUUGCUAUCUUAUACAUAAUUAUUGGAGCUUAUUAUGUUGCAACAUCAAGAGAUCUUAAACGUAUUGAGUCGAUCAAACGAUCUCCUAUAUAUGCAGCAUUUGGAGAGACAAUUACUGGCGUUUCAACCAUUAGAGCAUUUGGCGGGGAGAAUAGAUUAAUAAAAAAGAUGCUUUCACUUGUUGAUGGAAAUAAUCGACCUUUUAUAUUUAAUUGGGCAUGUAAUCGUUGGUUAAACACUCGUGUUGACUUAGUGGGAGGAUUAGUGUGUUUAGCUGCUGGAACCAUUGUUAUAUAUCAAUUAUCUAAAGGAAUGGAUCCGGGGUUAGCAGGUUUUGCGCUCUCUUAUGCAUUGAAUUUUACUGGGCAUUUAUUAUGGUUAUUGAGAUUGUAUGCUUUACAAGAGAUGAACAUGAACUCUGUUGAAAGAAUUAGAGAAUAUAUGAACUUGGAAGAAGAGCCUCCAAGAAUCAUUGAAGGUCAUAGACCACCUCCCGAAUGGCCUUUCCAAGGAGAAAUUAAAGUGAAUAAUCUCAUAAUGCAAUAUGCACCAGAAAAUCCACCUGUAUUAAAGGAUGUCUCAUUUCAUAUUAAACCAUCAGAAAAGAUUGGGAUAGUCGGAAGGACGGGAUCCGGAAAAUCAACAUUAGCCCUUUCAUUCUUCAGAUUUAUGGAACCAACUUCAGGACAAAUUAUUAUCGACGAUAUUGAUAUUUCAACUCUUGGACUUUUUGAUUUAAGAAGUAGGCUAACUAUAAUACCUCAGGAUCCAGUAUUGUUUAGCGGUACUUUAAGGAGUAACCUUGAUCCUUUUGGUAAAUAUGACGAUGUCGAAUUAUGGAAUUCUCUUAAAAGAGCUCAUUUAAUUGAUGAUGAUAAUAAAUUAUCAUUAUCUUCAGAAAUACAGCAAUCUGUAACACCGGAACUUAUCGAAGAUGAAAUAGAAUCAAAUAAAUAUUUAGAACAAAACCAUUUUAAUUGGAGUCUUGAUGCACCUGUAAGUGAAAAUGGUGGCAACUUUUCACAAGGUCAAAGGCAACUUAUUGCGUUAGCUAGAGCUUUGGUAUGUAGAUCAAAAUUAAUUAUCAUGGACGAAGCAACAGCCAGUGUAGAUUUUAAAACUGAUAGAAUGAUUCAAGAAACUAUUAGACAAGAAUUUAGAGAUUCUACUUUAUUAUGUAUUGCACAUCGAAUAAGAACCGUUGUUGAUUAUGAUAAAAUUUUGGUUUUAGAUGCUGGGAGAGUUAUAGAAUUUGAUCACCCUUAUUUAUUAUUACAAAAUCCAAACUCAGUAUUUAGAGCUAUGUGCGAAAAGAGUGGUGAAUUUACAGAGUUAGUAGAAAUCGCCAAAAUAAAAUAUAAUGCAGAUCAUUCUAAUAGUUGA